UCUCUUCUCAACUUAAUUAUUUUUUGCCAUGACAUCGGAGUCCUCUAGCAUCUCGAUCACUUCACAAGAUCAAGGUGAUUCUUCCCACUCAAAAAAUGUGGUCAACAUGGAGGUUGAACAAGAUCGAUCCUCGAAUUCUAAUUCUAACAAUCUAAUUGAUUUUGUGAUGCUAUCGAAAGAGGAUUCCGUUCCCUUGUUAAAGGUACAAGAGCAUGAUUUUUUUAAUCUUACACAAGUUGCUUCAUCGUCUUGUUUACCUAAUGACAACAUUGAACAGAAAGAUAAGAACAACACUGAAGAGAGUUCCGAUUUAAGAUCUUUUUCAUGCUCUUUUUGUAAGAGAAAAUUUUCGACUUCACAAGCAUUAGGAGGUCAUCAGAAUGCUCAUAAGGCUGAACGUGCUUUAGAAAAACAACGUAAACAAAGGUACGAUGGCAGUGUUUUAGGUUUAGGGCAAUCUCACUUUAACCCUUUUUUUAGUUAUUCAAGCAAUCUUUUUACACCUUAUAGUUAUAACUAUAGACUUGGGGUUAGAAUGGAUUCCACAAUUCAAAAACCACCUUAUUUUAGCCCUAGGACAACCCCACAUAAUUUUGGUUAUGCUAAUGGUGCCUUGUGUUUUCAAGAUAUACUAAACCCUUCUGUUAUGACAUUGAGAAAUAUGGGAGGUGGGAAUAGUGGAAUUGGAACCCUAGCUAUUGGGGGUGCAACUAGUUUAAAACUUGAAGAUGGUGGUAUUGGAACCCUAGGGAUUGGGGGUUCAACUAGUUUAAAAGUUGAAGAUGGUAGUAUUGAAACCCUAGGUAUUGGGGGUUCAACUAGUUUUAAAGUUGAAGAUGGUGGUGUUGAAACUCUGCGUAUCGGAGGUGCAACUAGUUUAAAAGUUGAAGAUGGUGGUGCAAAUGAUAAAUUUAGUGCUCUUUUGAAAUUUGGAGAUUCUUCCACAAAUAUUGCUACAACUUCAAACUCAAACAUAGAAAAGAAAAUUAUUAUGGCUUCUCCUUCUAUCAAGGAUGAUAUCAAUGAUCAAUCAAAAUCGAAUAUUGAAGAAGAACCCUCAAAUUCUGAAUCUUCUGAUCUUGAUUUAUCACUUAAGCUUUAA